AUGAGACACUUGUUAGAAUGCCGAGAAUUCACCGUUCAAACAGAUCACAAACCUUUGGUGUAUGCGUUUCAACAGAAAUUAGACAAAGCAUCACCAAGGCAGAUUCGACAACUGUCGUUUAUUUCUCAAUUUACCACGGACAUCAUCCAUGUGAAAGGAGAAGAGAACAGUGUUGCUGAUGCGUUGUCUAGAACUAAUACCAUCGAUGUACCCACAAUGCUUUCCAGUCAAAGGAUUGCAGAAGCACAGGAACAGGACCAAGAGCUCCAAAAGAUUCAAGAACAAUCGUCGCUAAAGCUACAGAGACUGAAUAUAGAGGGCCAGCAGAUAUACUGUAACAUUUUUAAGAACAUAGUGAGACCAUACAUACCCAAAGAGCUAAGGAAGCUCGCAUUUGAGCCAGUACAUGGAUACGCUCAUCCCAGCGGUCGGAACACUAGCAAGACUCUCAGAGAAAAAUAUAUAUGGCCUGGGAUCAGAAAGGAUGCAGCACAAUGGUCAAAAGAAUGUCUUCAGUGUCAGAAAUCGAAAAUUCAACGUCACAAUCGCAUGAAUCACUUAAAAAUAGACGUAUCGGAUGCUAGAUUUAAUCAUAUAAAUAUAGAUAUCAUUAUGCUAUCAGAUGUAGAUGGAUAUAGAUACUGUCUUACAAUAAUUGAUAGGUUUUCAAGAUGGCCAACAGCCGUGCCACUGAAGGAUAUUAAGACGGAAACCAUAGUUACAACACUAUUCAAUAAUUGGAUAUGUUUCUUUGGAACACCAUUAAAAAUUACGACAGACCAGGGAGCGCAGAUUGAAUCAGCGUUGUUCAAAGGGCUAACAAGAUUCAUAGGAGCAAAUAAAAUACGGACUUCCCCGUAUCAUCCUGCAUCCAAUGGAAUAAUUGAAAGAUGGCACAGGACUUUAAAAGCAGCGUUAAUGUGUAAGACAGGAGUACCGUGGAUACAUGCAUUACCAUCAGUGUUGCUAGGAUUACGCACGACAUAUAAAGAAGAUAUCAAAUCGUCGCCAGCGGAAAUGUUGUUUGGAACAACGUUGAGAGUACCAGGCGAAUUUUUUGUACAUCAAGAAUUGCCGACAGACCCACAAGCAUUCCUGGAAAAUCAUCGAAAAGCGAUGAGAAUGAUGCAACCGACACAAACAGCACAUCAUUCAAAGCCAAAAGUAUUUAUUCACAAAGACCUGGACAAGUGUUCACAUGUAUUCAUACGGUGUGAUCAUGUGAAAGCACCGUUAGAACAACCGUACCGAGGUCCAUUCAAAGUAAUUGAAAGACUGAGUGAUAGACUAUUUAGAGUAGAUGUAGAAGGUCAAGAAAAAAACAUAUUGAUAGAAAGACUGAAACCAGCGUAUCUCCCACGAGAAGAAUUAGAAGAGAAUGAGACUGAGCAGAGCAAUGAAAAUGAAAAUGUCUCACCACGUGCAAUGAUCGCCAAAGGAGUUGAAAUUCCCGCCAAUCGUGUCAAAGACACUGAAGGGGGAGUGGAUGUGGCUGUUCCGUACCAGCUGUCUCAAAGUACCGAAAGGUGGCAGCAAGACAGCCGAGACGAAAGUACCAACAGCAGGAGACGACCGAGGAAACAAACUAUACAGUUUCGAUUACCUUUUGAAUAA